AACCAAAUUGAAUAACUUUUUUUUUUUCUCAGCACAAAUGGCAACCAAAGAAUCCAAAUCUGAAGUCCAAUCGGGAUAUGUUGACAACUGGCAGAAAGGAAAGUCAGUCAUAGAGAGUCUCGGAUAUUCACUGGAGGAAAAAAUCUUGUGCGACGUCACCUUCAUAGUGGGAGAAAACCGGAAGCGGAUACAGGCUCACAGGUUGAUACUCAGUCUGCGUAGCUGUGUCUUCAUGGCGAUGCUGACCGGUCCUCUGGCGGAGCAGGAUGACAUUGAAAUCCCGGAUAUUGAUUCUGAGGUUUUUGAUCAAUUUUUAAGGUUCUUGUACACAGACGUCUUAUCCAUUGAAGGUAGAAAUGUGAUAGGUUUGCUGUAUGCUUCUAAAAAGUACGACAUUAUUGAUAUGGAAAACAAAUGCCUGACAUAUAUUGAGUCAUCUUUGUCAUCACAUGACGUCUGUUUUGUGAUGGAACACGCACACUUGUACAAUGUACAAGGAUUGUACAAUGACCGAGACUUGAUGAAGAAAGCUCUGGCAUAUAUUUCGGAAAAUGCCAAAGCAGUUUUAAAAUCUGACAGUUUCUGUGAUCUCUGUCACGACUGUUUUAUGAAGGUUAUAGAGGCAGAUCAGCUAAACGCCAGCGAGGAGUCUGUUUUUGAAGCUUCCAUCGCCUGGAGCGAGGCAGAGUGCAGACGACAAGGAAGGGAGGUAACUCCAGAAAACAGACGCAGCGUUCUCGGUGAGAGUAUGCAUCUGGUUCGGUAUUCUAAAAUUAACCCAAACUAUUUUGUGCAGAAAGUAUCGCUGUCAAGUUUGUUGACGGAAGCUGAAGAAAACAAGAUCCUCAGAUGUUUCAUUAAUAGAAGCCAAGAUGUUUCACCAUUUAAAUCAAAUGACAGACUCGGUACACACAAAACAAAAGUUGCAAUUAACAGGUUUGAUAACAUAUCCUAUGUGAAACAAACGUGUUACAUUGUGAAAGACAUACAUGCUUUUAAUAGUUUAUACUCUCUGAAACAACGACGUCCCUGUACAUUUUACGAAGGAAUAACGUUUUGUUUGAACGCCAGCGCAGAACUACAAGGGUUUCAGUUCUAUGGCUACUUAGAGUCUUCAGAUCCUUCUUCCGUGACCUACUCCGUCACGGCUUCUGUAUGUGAUGCUUCAACGGAUGGCGUAAUACCUGGUUCAGAAAUAAAAAACGAAAUUUCGUCCAGUAAUGUCGUCUACGAUGUAGACUUCCCCAGUCCCAUCCAGCUUACUCGGGACAGAAAAUACAAUUUAAGUGUGACAAUUACAAUGCCGCAACAAUUCACAGGGUGUGAAGUGGUAAACUGUGUACAGGGUGCAGACGGAAAAUCAGUUGUAAGCCACGGAUCGUUUACGUGUUCGUUCUAUGACCAUAAGAAAUGCAAACAUCUUAAAACAAGCAAUCGCACUAGUGUUCUAACUGGACAGAUACCGGGUUUAAAAUUCUUGCUGUAA